AGAGAGAGAGAGAGAGAGAGACAAAGAAGAAGAAGCGAACGAACCAUGAGCUCACCCAUGGAGGUCUCUCUCCAAAACCCCUCCGAAUCCAUUCAGGUUUGCGAGCCGGAGGGUGCCCCAGACUCCUCGCCUUCUCUGAUCCCUGCUCCUGAUGACAAGGUUUUGGUUUCAGUUGAGGUCUGCUUGAACUCUUCUAGUACAGCUCGAGUUGAGGAUGUCCGCAUCGCUGUUGAAAGAAUGCUGGAAAAGAGGAGUUUAAGCUAUGCUGAGGGUCCUGUUAUAUUGCCUGCAGAUGAAGCUUUCCUUCUUGAUAAUGUCAAAUAUAUCCAAAUUUGCAGUACAGAUGAGUCUGUUGACAAUCAUAAAGUUCUGUUAUUCUGGCAAGUCAUACCUGUUGUGCAUGUGUUUCAGCUUAGUGAAGAGGGUCCUGGUGAAGAAUUAAGUGGAGAUGAUAUGCUUUCUAGCUUUAAUGAGUGGGUUUUACCUUCUAGAGAGUUUGAUGGAAUGUGGGAGAGUUUAAUUUAUGAAACUGGUCUCAAACAGCGAUUGCUGCGGUAUGCUGCUAGUGCUCUUUUGUUUACUGAGCGAGGUGUAGACCCUUGCCUUGUUUCCUGGAAUCGGAUCAUCCUUUUGCAUGGACCUCCUGGAACCGGGAAGACUUCUUUAUGUAAAGCAUUGGCUCAGAAGCUUUCUAUACGUUUUAAGUCAAGAUAUUCCAUGUGCCAAUUGGUGGAGGUUAAUGCCCAUUCCUUGUUCAGCAAAUGGUUUUCUGAAAGUGGGAAAUUGGUUGCUAAACUUUUCCAAAAAAUUCAGGAGAUGGUAGAGGAAGAAAAUGACCUUGUCUUUGUUUUAAUUGAUGAAGUCGAGAGCCUUGCUGCUGCUAGACAGGCUGCCUUGUCUGGUUCAGAACCUUCAGACUCAAUUCGGGUUGUUAAUGCUUUGCUUACUCAGAUGGACAGACUAAAAUCAUGGCCAAAUGUUAUUAUUCUCACAACAUCAAAUAUAACUGCAGCAAUAGAUAUUGCUUUUGUUGACCGGGCAGAUAUCAAGGCUUAUGUUGGCCCUCCCACCCUUCAAGCACGAUAUGAGAUACUAAGGUCAUGCCUGCAGGAACUUUUACGUGCUGGAAUUCUAGCACACACACCGGCGAACGAUCAUCCAUUUCUAAACCUAUUCAUCCUUAAAAGAAAAGCUGCACAUCUCAAAGCAAGAAACAGAAGGAUCAUGCCAUUUCUCCAGACUACUGCUUCAAGCUGCAGAAGCAAGCGAGGGAUUAAGUGGAAGAACUUUGAGAAAGCUGCCUUUCUUAGCUCAUGCAAAUGUUGCAAACCCUUACAAUUGUGAUCCUUGUGGUUUCCUUCACACACUAAUAGAGACUGCAAGAAAAGAGCUCACAGAGUUGCAUGCUUGACCAAAAAUUCAGUGUAGCUGGAAUGUCAACAAAUUUUUCAUCAACUCUUUGCAGUAAUGCAGAAAUUAAUAGCACUAAUAUCUGGUGGUGCAUUGUUCAUCUAAUGUUUUACCCAAACUUAUGUAAAAAAAUUAUUUUGACUCUUGGGCUGGUGUCAUAAUUCUGAACUUUUGUUUUUGAUACACACAUUGUGGGACUAACAUCAGUGAAAUUAUGCAAGCACACAUAAAACUGAAUU